UCACCCUCCUGCCACAUGGUGGCGCUGCCCCUCUAUCCUUGCAUUCAUAACCCAGGACUCUCUCAGAAGCAGCGGACCAAACCAAUUGGCGGAAAAAAGGGUGGCGAUGCUGGAGUUGUAUGGAUGUAUACCCUUUUAUUCAAAUUCUGCCGACCAUUCCAUGCAGCAGAAAAACACAAAAAUGCUGAAAACUUAAAUAGGAAAGAAAUGCCAAAGAGAAAAGCAAAAGAUUCCAAGAAAGGACCAAGAGGACAUGAAGUCAAGUUGCAAUGUCAUAAGAAGCCGGUUUCUUCUGAUGUUCCAGAUGUGUCAAGUAUUUUGAAAGUUCCUGGAAUUGACCAAACAGACGAGUUUGACAAUGUGUUUGACCCUCCCUUACAUAGCACUGCUGUAUUUGACUGUGGAGGAGAAGAAGAGGAGGAGGAAGAAGAAGGAGAUAAGGAUCUGGAUUCAGAAGCUGAUGGUUCAACCAGCAAUUCAUCUGAUUCUGAGUCAGAAAAGAGAAAUAGAAGAGAAAGUAAUGAUCAGCAUAGCACAAAAUCAAGAGUGGCAAGGAAAGAUCCUCAAAAGGACCCUUUGAUGAAGAACACGAUGUCUAGGGAAAGUGCUAAAGCCCAAAGGAAACAGAAGAAGGCCUCAGCAGAGAUGGAGGAGGAUGAAUCAGAUGAUCCACACUUGGCUAAAAUGUGUGUUCCCAAAGGGAAGAAAAAACGUGGCAAGCGUGUCACAGAAUAUGAGGUUAUUCUGGAGGAGUUUGAUAAAGUAACAGAAAAAUACAAACAAGGAGUGGAACUGAAGGCAUGUAGGAAAGCUAUUGAUAGCUUUUAUACUGGGUUCAGAGAUCAUCUCCUCGGCCUUAUGACAGGGGCGGAAGAACUGAAAAAAACAAAACUAAAAAAUAUGAAGUUGGUCAAAGAAGCAAAUCAGAAAAGGAGGCGUUUGAUAGACGUUAAAGAAGAAGUAAUUAAAACUGACUCACAGCUGAAGAAACUACAGCGGGAACAUGCUGAACUCGAAGAAAAAAUAUCCUCUCUCAGGAAUGCAAGGCAGUUAAUCACUGAUUUAAAAGAUCUUCAACAAAAAUAUGCUCAGGAGAGAGAGAAAAACCCACAAGAAGACGUAUUAUAUGGCAUUUCCAGCCUUCCUGCACUUCUGGUGGAAUCGCAAAGAAUUUUAGGAGCCGAAGGUCAUAUUCGAAAUAUCAACAAAAGAUUACAGCAAGUUUUAAAUGUGCAAAAAGAAAGCUAGACAUUCUUCAUGCAGAAGACACUCUAAACUGCCUCCUAUUUCCAUAGCACCGUCUUACAUUGUAAUUUUAAGUAUAACUAAUUCCUAGCCCCAGUGAGAAUAUGUUGAUUGAAAUUAAUGGAAUUUAUGUAAACGUUAACUUACAUGCAAGAUAUCUAUGUAGUUGGGACUUGCUGUUGCAUUUAGGCCCCGGUAUAACUUACUAUAGAGAAUGAGCAUUGUCAAAUACCAAGUAAAAACAGAAAUAAACAGUAAGUAUGACAAAUCAACUGAAUCUUAGUUUGGCAGUUUUCCUUGGAGGAUAGGGCCUCUGUUUAUAGUAUUAUCUGCUGCUGGGGAAAGAUCACAAUUUCCUGCUGCAAGAAGUAGAGGGUUAAGAAUGAGUUCACAGCAGGGAGGAGCAGGCAGGAUCCCAUAAGAGGCACUUAAAUUACUAAUAAAUAUUUAAAUAAAUGUUUAAAGAGCAGUAGUUCCACAAAAACAGAAUAUUUGCUAUUGUAGAGUUUAGAAGUGGCAUAUUGUGUGAUCUACUCUAUUUCUCCUCUUACACUAUCCCAUAAAGUGAUGUUAAAAAGUUCUGCGCCUCUUAUAUAAUAAGUAUAUGCCAUGACUUACUUUAUUUUUUCAGAUUUUUUUUCCUUUUGUUCUUUAAUUAUUAUCAGUCAACUAAUUUUAAAAUUCUACAAAAAACAGUUAAUGUCAAAUAUUUGAAUGUACUAUCUGAAAUAUGGCAAUAGAAUUUUGCCCAAUAUCGUUUGAAUUUUUUUUUUUUGAAAAACAAAGUCUUUAAUACUCUGUAUAGAACUUGGCAUGAUGUGUUUUUACACUAUGGUAUUUUUGCUAUUUAAAUCUUUCACCGUGUUAUACAAUGUAUGAGAAUUAAAGGAAUCCAGUUUCUCUGA